AUGUCCACCAAUGAGAAUGUUAAUUCACUAGCUGCUCACUGUAACAGAUGCAAGAACAAGGGGAAAGACAGUACAGAAAUGAGGCAGCGCCGAACAAAAGUUAAGGUGGAGCUAAAGAAAGCUAAGAAGGAUGACCAGAUGCUGAAAAGGGAAAAUGUAAGCUCAUUUCCUGAUGAGACUAAUUUUCUACCGCAGGAAACCGCAACAACCAGGACUCUUGCACUAAGAGCCAUGGGAAAUAUCGUCACUGGGACAGAUGAACAGACUCAGGUUGUAAUAGAUGCAGGAGCACUUGCUGUCUUUCCCAGCCUGCUAACAAACCCCAAAACUAAUAUUCAGAAGGAAGCUAUGUGGACAAUGUCAAACAUCACAGCUGGUCACCAGGACCAGAUACAGCAAGUUGUGAAUCAUGGAUUAGUCCCAUUCCUUGUUGGUGUUCGAAGGUGGCAGGUGACACCCAGCCAGUGCUAUUUUGUGGGGAGGAGUGUCUGGCCUACCUGCAGAUCUGCUGGCCUUUGCGUCUUGCUGGCCAAAGGUGACACCUGCUCAGCUAAGGUGUCUUAUUCUCUGCUGGGUGCACCACUGGCUACCACCUGCUUGGACCACCUGCUGUGUGGUCCUGCCGGCACGUGGUUGGAAGCCUGGGGUACCUCUUUGGCUUCCCUGCUCCUGGUGGAUGCCAUCCUCAACGGGAGUCCAGUAAUUCCCCCAGGAACACCCUCUCAGCAGUUUUGUAGCCCAUAUGGAGGCCUUGGCCUCUGGUUCUUGUCCAGGACACACCCAACCCCAGAAAACCCACAGAAAACCACAAUCACAGAUUGUUUCUGUGCCUAA